AUUGGAGGACGUUUUCAACAUGGCGUCGCACACCAUCAUUUUGGCCGUGUUGUGGCUCGUAAUCGCUCCGAUGGGAUGGGCGAGAAAACUCGCUGUGAAAGACCCGGAAGCAGAACUAGAACGAGAAGCACUGCAAAAACACCGACUUGACAGCAUAAACUUAUUGAUAUUUAUUUUCUUACUGGUUUGUACCGUCUUGACAGUGUGGCUGUUCAAACAUCGUCGGUUCCGUUUUCUACACGAGACAGGUCUUGCUAUGAUAUAUGGCAUGAUUGUUGGUGCUAUCAUUAAAUAUUCUGGAAGGCGAGUUAACAAGUAUGCAUAUAGCAUUGAGGAAGAAAUGAACCAGACAUUUGCACCUGAAAUCCUAUGGUUAAAAUACACAACUACAAAUGAUAGUACACCAGCUAGGAUAUUUUCCUACGAACUACAAGGUAUUAUUCACGAUCCAUCAUCAGAAAUUCAAAUAGAGCUAGAAGAAAAGGCCACCUUUGACCCUGAAGUGUUUUUUAAUAUUUUGUUGCCGCCCAUUAUCUUUCAUGCGGGAUACUGCAUAAAAAGGAAACAUUUUUUUCGAAACCUCGGAGCAAUUCUCAUGUUUGCUUUUAUCGGUACCACAAUAUCUUGCAUAGUUGUUGGAUUCAUUGUAUAUGGCUUUGUACAAUUAAUGCCAUGGAGUACUUUUAGUCUUAAAGAUUGUUUAUACUUUGGAGCUCUUAUCUCAGCUACUGAUCCAGUUUCAGUAUUGGCAAUAUUUUUCGAUUUACAUGUAGAUGUAGAUAUGUAUGCCUUAGUGUUUGGAGAAAGUGUUAUGAAUGAUGCUGUAGCUAUCGUCUUAGCAGCAACUAUUGAUAACUACCGAGCAUCAGAAUUUGACGUUGAAGCUCUGUUCACUGCUGUUGGAAGUUUUCUUGGUAUAUUUUUUGGUUCAUUUCUUAUUGGUGGACUGAUGGGUUGUAUAAAUGCUCUCUUGACAAAAUUCACUAAAAUUCGUGAUUUCCCAAUACUGGAGACAGUGUUGUUUUGUUUGUUGUCAUAUUCCACGUUUCUGAUAGCUGAGUCAUUUGGACUGACGGGUAUCGUUGCAAUGUUGUUUUGUGGUAUGACACAGGCUCAUUACACGUACAAUAAUCUAUCUGAUGAAUCCAAGAAGAGAACCAAAGAGUUAUUUGAAUUACUGAAUUUUCUAUCUGAGAACUUUAUAUUCUCAUACAUGGGAGUAGCAAUGUUUACAUUUCAAAGUCAUCAGUGGCACAUAGAUUUCAUCGCAGCUGCAUUUUUGGCGGUUGGUGUUGCUCGUGUUUGUAACAUUUAUCCAUUAUCAUUUCUACUCAAUUUAGGUAGAAAAAACAAAAUAUCAUUUAAUUUUCAGCAUAUGCUAGUUUUUGCAGGCCUACGAGGAGCUAUAGCAUUUGCGUUGGCCAUUCGUAACACUGAGACAGCGGGCAGGCAGACAAUGUUGACUACUACAUUAAUGAUAGUAAUAGUUACAAUAGUUGUGUGCGGUGGUGGUACAACUCAAAUGUUGACAUGGUUAAAAAUCAGAGUUGGCGUUGAAGAUGAUGAUACUACAGGACAAAAUGUUUUUCAAGAACUGGGCACGGAUGAGAGACUACUUGAUGUUGAUCAAGAUCCCAAUGCUGCCAGGGCAAUCAGAAGAGCCAAGAAAAAAGAGCAAGCCUGGUUGGUUAGUCGAUGGUAUAACUUUGACCAUAACUAUGUGAAACCAGUACUUACAAAUAGAGGUGCUGACUUAUCACAGACCUUACCAGGUUGCUGUAGUGCAGUAGCUAGAUGUCUUACAAGGAAGGAGGAAUCUACAAUGCCUCGUCGCGGCAGUGAUUCUGAGAUAAUCUUGGACGAUGAGCUGUCAUAUGGAGAGAUGCCAACCAUCAUCGGUGGCGGGUCUACAGAUGAUAUCACACCAAAUAUAACACCUAAUCCACAUGAUCAAGACCCAGCUAGUGAUGGUGAUUUGGGACUUGGAGAUCAUGAAAUGAGCCCUCGAUCACAGUUUAAGGGAGUGACUCCAGGCUCCUCUCAAGUAUAAGAGUAUCUGGUAAUGGACAUAUACAAUUUGGUACGUGUAUAUAUAUGUACUAAUUGUAACAAUGACAGAAAAUAAUCUGGUUGUUGUAUACAAGUAUAUGACCAUAGUAAAUAUCACUACUGGUACUGGUAUUGGUAAGGUAACACCAUAUAAAUACAUUGCAAAUUUUUUUCAUAAGCUGAAGUAACAUUUUUGUGUGUUUGUAAUAUCUCUUUUUGUGUUUUCACAAAACUAUACAAAUCACUUUUCUCACUUCAGUCAUCCCAUGACUAGUUUAAAGACUUUAUUGGUGUAGCUUCAGUUUGGUUUGUGUUGUCUUGGCACAAAUAUGUAUGGCAUACAAAAUAAAUACACAAUUAAAACUGAUUGUCACAGCCAUUGGUAAAAGUGGACAAUCUUAUCUGCUGCAUCUAACCAGCAGUUGUGUGAAUAAAUUAUUCGUGUUUUCCUCUCCCCAAAUUAAUUGCAUUUAUUAUUUUUAUAAAUUGAUGCCAUUUAAAAUAUUCAAAAUUUUUCACAACUGCAUAAUUUGAAGUUUUCUCUCUGAGAGAUAUUUUUGUCACAAUACGUCAACAAAUUAUGGACCACCAUAUUGUUGGACCUUGUCUGUACACAACUAGGUGUAAAUAGCCUCCAUGUAUAAUUUUGAAAUAUUCCAUUUAGAAUUUGUUUAAUGCAUGAAUGUAAAUGACUCGUUUUCAAGGAGUCUUCAAUUUUCUGAUGUGAUUGACACAAACUUGGAACUCGAAAAUGAUACGCGUGUUCGUUUAGUAUGUUCAUUCUAGUUGAAUUCUAGUGUUAUUGAUUACAAGCAGGGUAAGGUAUUGAUAUUGAACUAUUAAGCCAAAGUGUGAAAAUAAUUUUUCA